UCCGGUCCCCGCGCGGCACCGCGCCCCCCCACUUCCGCCCUCGUCUAACGUGGCGGUGGAGCGCGAGCGGAAAACGCUCCGGAGGGAAACGGCGGCUCGUGCGGUAGGGCUGGGGGAUGUGAGUGCGGGAGCGGCCUGGAGCAGGACCUUCCCGGGGCUGCCGGGCGGCUCCGAGUCGCGGCUGUGCGGUGCCACGUUCCUGUUGGCCGUCCGUGUCUCUUCGUCCUUUGCAAUGGCUGCGGGGGUUGGCACCAUCCCCGCGCUGGUCACGGAGCCACGCUUUGCCCAGCACUUGAGGCAGCGUUUGGAAGAGGCCCAGCUCUUGGAUACCCGGUACCGGCUGCAGAAGGUGCCGGGGGGCAGCGUGGCUCUGCCUGUGCUGGAGGGGAAGGCAGCGGAGCAGUGGCUGCAGGACAAUGAGCUGCAGGGGCUGUCCUGCCGGCUGCUCCAGAUCCAGGACCCUGUUCCCUCAAAGGCCGCCAGCAUGCAGCCACCCGCUCAGAAGCUGCGCUGUGAGCUGCGCCGGCUGCUGCUGGAAGUGGGAGAGAGCUGGUCAGAAGAGCUGGAGUGCGAUGUGCCCCGCACCUGGCAGCGGCAUGGGGACUUGGUCCUGUUGAGUGAGGACAGCUUCAGUGCUGCGCUGUGGGCGAAGCUGGGCCCUGUGCUCUGGGAGACGGUUGCCUCGGCUUUGGGUGCCCAGCGCCUGGCCAAGAGAGGACGGGUGUUGCCAGACAAGAUGCGCUCUCCCAGUGUCACCCUGCUGCUGGGCCACAACAGCUGGGUGGAGCAUGUGGACAAUGGCAUUCGGUACACGUUCGAUGUGACAAAAUGUAUGUUCUCCCCGGGUAAUAUCACGGAGAAGCUGCGAGUGGCCUCAAUGCAGUGCUCUGGGGAGGUGCUGGUGGAUCUCUAUGCAGGGAUUGGGUACUUCACACUACCGUAUCUGGUUCACGCGGCUGCUGCCUUUGCCCAUGCCUGUGAGUGGAACCCGCACGCCCUAGAGGCCCUGAAGAGGAACCUGGCACUGAAUGGUGUGCAGGACCGCUGCCAGAUUCACGCUGGGGACAGCAGGCAGCUGCAGCUGAGGGAUGUGGCCGACCGGGUGAACCUGGGACUGAUCCCCAGCUCUGAGGAGGGCUGGCCCGUGGCCUGCCGUGUCCUGAAGAAGGGCACAGGAGGGGUUCUACACAUCCACCACAACGUGGAGGCUCGCCCCGUGCCUCCUGUUCGUAAGGAUGAGCAGAGACUCCCAGAAGAAUCCAGCUCUGAGCAGGAGGAUGAAGAACACCGGGGCUCCGAGGAGAUGGAGAGCAGUGGGCAGGAGGUGCUGGCAGCCAGGGUCAGGCCCGAGUGGUGGAGCUGGGCUGAAGCAGCUGCUGCGCGGAUCCGGGGGCUGCUGACAGAGCUGCACAGCCAGCCAUGGCAGACCCGCAUCCUGCACAUAGAGGCAGUGAAAUCCUACGCACCCCAUGUGCAUCACGUUGUGCUGGACCUUGAGUGCCGCCCAGCACCGCCCACCUAGCUGGCCGCGGGGCCCCAGCAU